CGUAUCGUGCCAUUUUAACCUCUGCAUUGGAAUUCUUACAAAAAAAUCAAAUGUACAAAGAAACAAAUUGUGUUAAAAUGAAAACAAGCAAAAACAUGGUAUUUGUUUGAUCUCCAUGCCUGUACCUCCAAAGGCAUUAUAAAAUUUUCUCAGAUAUUUGUAUUUGUUUGUCUAUUUAUGUACAAAUUGUCUGCAUUAUUAUAACAGUGGUUUUUCAACCAAUGUUAGUUAUACGGAUAGAAGAUACACAUCCUGUGAUUUUCAUGGAAUUAUAAUUUAAGAAUUUUUGGAAUAAGAAAAAUUCAUUAAAUUACUAAAGUGUUGUGAGCGACCAAAUACAAUAAUCAAAAACGAAAUCGUUUAAAUUUGUUGAUGAAAAAUCAAAUUAGAGGAGGAGGGGAAGGAAAACAACAAAGAUGGAUUUACUUCUACUCCUGUUAUCUUUAAUUUUAAUCUGUGUAAAUGCACUUAAAAUGUCCAGUGAAAAAAAAGAGUGUCCUGUAGCUGAUUGCAAACAAGCAUGGAGAAACUUUCGAACAGAUAUUGAAUAUAAAGAAAAUACCCAUAGUUUUAAUCCAAGUAACGCUACCUAUCUAGGAAAUCGCGUAAACAUGAGUGGUGCUAAUCUAAGUAAUUUUAUGUACCUUGGUCCUAGCAAUCUAUCCCAUAAGCUCUCGUGGCUAACUGAAGACCUCCUUAAAAAUGAUGAAGCGGAAUAUAUUACCGCAUUAGAUCUGAGCUAUACGUAUAUCAGUACUAUAUAUAAUGAUGUUUUUGCCCAAUUCCCUUGUUUGACUGAUUUAUAUUUGUACGGAAAUAACCUUACUAAACUCCAUGAAAAAUUGUUUACCGGCUUGGACAAUCUCAAAGUUUUGAAUUUAAGUAGUAAUAGAAUUGCGUCUAUCAACAAUUCAGAGACAUUUAGGCCUUUAAAUAAAUUAGAAAUUUUAGAUUUGUCUAAAAAUAAUUUGAUAAAAUUGAGACUUGAGAUGCUCCUUUAUUUAGGAAAUCUAAGACAGAUAUUUUUAAAGAGCAACAAAAUUAAUGAAAUAGUCCCAUUCAAUCCGAUCCCAGAUGAUUCUGAGAAGUCUAGGGUCUAUCAUAUUACUUAUCAAUUGAGAGAUCUUAAUUUAGAGUACAACCGCCUGGAAAGAAUCGACAUGGCAACAUUUUUCAGAUUUCACUUGUUAAAGCGGAUUAGUUUGAUUCGAAACAAUAUCUGUGACUUAAUUUUUUACGAUGGCAUUACCUUUCCCCAUGUAAUCUAUCUGAAUAUAACUCACAAUAGUUUACCUGGUUUUGAUGCAGAAGGCUUUAGAAAGACGUUUGAAAAUAAAGAUGUAUUGGUGGAUUUUAACGACAAUCCGAUUCUUUGUGCCUCUAGACAAAUCUUGUUACCGGCUCUGAAGAGGUUAGAUGUACGUAUACGAGAAUUUGAGGUAACUUCACGCCCGUAUAUGUUAUGUAAAAUUACAUAUGGGGAAAAUAAUACUCUUCAGUAUUUGAUGAAUGGAACCUACCAUAUUCCGCGUUCGGCGCAACUUCAGUUGUUUUCUACUGAUAUUACUAGGAGACUAAACAGACCGUAUAUCUCUGUAGAAAAUGGUAUUUUUUUGACAGCAGUUAUUUUUAUUAUCUUUGGUAUAACAUUUACAUUUUAUAUUUUAAGUGGCCAUAACAUUCCAAAGUGGUGCAAGCCCAAACCUGUCGUGAAAAUCCGAGGAGAUUUGUUAUUAGACUUAUGUCCCGAAGUUUUGCGGCCUCGUAGAUUAAAUGACCGGUCACGUAGAUUAAAUGACCGAUUAGGUCACGAUGACGUGCCAAUAUAAAAAAUUAUAUCAUUACUUUUUAACUUAUUACUAAUCCAAUUAAUUAAAAUAAUUUUCGAUUACUGAUGCGUUUUCGCGCAAUUCCUAUGUACAGUAAGUCUCCGAAUUGUCUUUAUAAGAAGAAAAACUUUUUUAUUAUUGACAAUUUCAGAAAAAUACUAAUUAAGGAAAACAUGAAAAUAUUGCUGAAUUUUUUCAAGUCCUAAAAGUCAAAACGCGUUUCUGUGGUAAUAUUUCUCCCAAUUUUUAUAAAAAAUAAUUAUCUUGAUUAAUUAAUUACUUAUGCUAUUCUUAUUUUAUUAAUUUGUCAAAUUUUGCCUACCCUGGCUUGAUUUGCACUGCAUGCCAAUGCCACAUUAACUGUCGUAAGACAAGUGCGUUGUUUUUCUUCUACUCAAAUUUUUAAUAAAUUUUAUAAUCAUAUAGAUAAUUAAUCCAAGUGUUUUAAACUCAUUAUUACAAAUAACCUGAAGUAGCAACACGCUUAAAUCCAUAUAUUUAACAUUAUUUAUGCUUUAAAAAGUAUUUUGAUUCUAUUUUGGUAUUGGUACAAGAAAAUAAUGAGCUAUUAUUAUAGAGAUUUCUUUCAAUUGGGUUUUUUGUUGACGUGUUAGUGAUUGUUUUUUACUUUAUUUAGGGUCAUAAUAAAACCCUUCAGAGUUUAGAUAUAUCCGUGAAUAUUGUGUACAUCGAUGAUGUUUCCUUUAAUUACCUGGUUAGUUUAAAGAGACUAGUUAGGUUAUAACUAUCUAACGUAUAUUUACCGAAACUAUAUUUUUCUUCAUUUGUCAAAAGUUUAAAUUUUUCAAGCAACUAUGUAUAUGGUUGCAUUUUGAUUUGAGGUAGGCAUAUUCGAGUUCGCUUUUUUGGGACUACUCCUUUGAAUUUUACAGGUUAUGAGGAUUUGAUUGAUUUUUUAUUUACCGAAACUAUAUUUUUCUUUAUUUGUCAAAAGUUUAAAUUUUUCAAGCAACUAUGUAUAUGGUUGCAUUUUGAUUUGAGGUAGGCAUAUUCGAGUUCGCUUUUUUGGGACUACUCCUUUGAAUUUUACAGGUUAUGAGGAUUUGGCAGAGAGGUUUAGGGAUAUUAGGUGCAGGUAUAUGGAUAUGACUUGGAUAUGACUGAGGAGGAAGUUAGACCUCUUAAUCCAACUUCACUAGAAGGUAUAUUAUAAUCGUAUUACCAUUAUUAUGACUCUAUUUAUUGUUGCGACUGUAAUAUUCACUUAUAUUCUAAUAUAUUGUGAUCAUCUCUUCCUCAUUUGAGAACCAGCACUGUCACGAGAGAAUAAUUAGGUUUAUUAUUUUCGUUGCAUACAAAAAAUAUUCGUGAAUAUUUUUAGUAGUGAGAAAAUCUUAAAUGAUAUAUUAGCUUUGUUCGGGUUCUUGUUAUUACCGAUUCUGAACCGUCCUAGAACUCUACAGCGCAUGUGUAAAUGAAAUAAUAUCUUCAUAUUUGCUUCUGCGCAUGCGUAUCACAGUUCUAGGGCGGUUCAGAAUCGGUGAAAAGAAAAACCCGAAGUAAGCUAUUUAUUUUGAAAGAAUAUCAGUUGACAAAAUAUGCACAUUACGCCGAGGAUUUGACAAAAUAUACCUUUGAUUGCACCCUUAGCUUUGUUUUAUUUUUUAUUCAAUAGAUACGGAAUAAACUAAAUUAACGAUUAUAAUUAAUGUUAAUAAAUAAUAUUAAUAUAAUAAACGUUCUUAUUUACUAAUAUAUUAUUAUGACUGUUAGCUAGAAAUAUAUCUACAAAUUAAAAUAGUAAAUUUGUAGACAUACUGUAGCAUAAUUAAAAUAUUAUAUUUUAUAGACUAAUACGUUUUUUUGUAAAUGUAUUUUAUUUUUAUACAAAUUCUU